CGGGAGGAGGAAGGAGCGCGGCCUUCCACGUGGGGCCGGGGCCCAGCGCGGCCCGGCGGCGGCGCCAUGAAGCGGCCCAAGCUGAAGAAGGCCAGCAAGCGGCUGAGCUGCCACAAGCGCUACAAGAUCCAGAAGAAGAUUAGAGAACACCACCGAAAACUCAGAAAAGAGGCUAAGAAACGUGGACGGAAGAAGCCCAGGAAAGAUCCAGGGAUUCCCAGUGCUGCCCCAUUUAAGGAAGAGCUUCUACGUGAAGCAGAGCAAAGAAAGCAGAGGCUUGAAGAACUAAAACAAAAGCAGAAACUUGACAGACAGAAGGAACUUGAAAAAAAGAGAAAGCUUGAUGCUAAAAAGAAUGCAACCAAAACCACAGAAAAAACAGAGAGAAAGGAAUCCUCUAGAAAAUCUGAAGCAAAGACUAACAAGCUGCUGGAUAAAAAUUCAAAGAAAUCAUUUUGCAGGGAGCUCAAGAAGGUGAUUGAGGCCUCAGAUGUGGUUCUAGAGGUUUUGGAUGCAAGAGAUCCAUUGGGCUGUCGAUGCCCUCAACUGGAGCAAGCUAUCUGCUCUGGAGAAGACAAAAAACUAUUGUUGGUUCUGAACAAAAUUGAUUUGGUGCCAAAAGAGAACUUAGAGAAAUGGUUGAAUUAUUUGAACAAUGAAUUUCCAACAAUUGCUUUUAAAUCGGCAACCCUGAUUAAGGACAGGACAAUGCAGGAGAAAGUCACAAAAAGAAGUGCACGUAUUGAUUUAUCUAGAAACACUGAGUGUUUUGGAAGCAAAUGCCUUUUGAAACUUCUUCAGGAGCACUGCAAGACCCGAAACAAAGCGAUUCAGGUUGGAGUAGUAGGUUUCCCUAACGUGGGGAAGAGCAGCAUAAUCAAUAGUCUUAAAGGAGGUCGUGCUUGCAACAUUGGCCCAGCAAGAGGUGUUACCAAGUCUAUGCAGGUUGUGCACAUUGAUAAACAGAUGAAGAUUUUAGACAGUCCAAGUAUUGUUGCAGAUCCUUCCAACAGUGCCCUAGCUGUGGCCAUGAGAAGCAUCAUAGAUACUGGAGAAUCAGGCUUGGCAAAUGUACUGGAGGGAAUAGAUGCCAUUCUAAAUCACUGCAAUAAGCAGCAGGUAAUGAUGUUCUACAGUACCCCAGAUUUCAGGAAUACUGAGGAGUUUUUAACCUUACUUGCUCAGAAAAGGGGUAUGCUGAAAAAAGGAGGUGUUCCUGACACAGAGAAUAUAGCUAAGUUACUGCUUUGUGACUGGACAGGAGCUAAAAUAAGCUACCACUCACAACCUCCAGAACAUCAGAGACCACCACUGUAUCUUACCAAAGACAAAAUAACAGAAAUGCAGAAGGGUUUUAAUUUAAAGAAGCUAGAAGAAGAAAAUACCACCACCCUUACAGCUCUGAAGUUCCCCAAUCUGGCAAGCAGUAUCACUUUCCAGUCAGCAGGUAUGACAAAUGGGACAAUAGAUGAAAAUAAAGUAUUAUUGGAAACGGGUAAGGAAGAGGAGGAAGAGGAGGAAACAAAUUUUACUGAAAGUGGUGAUGAUCAAGAUGACGUGGAAGAAGAAGAAAACAUCGAAGAGGAAAACAACAUUCAAGUGACUGAGAAAGCAAACCUUGGAAAACAACAGCCAAGACGUACAAAUCCAGAAAAGCAGAUAGCAGCAGAAGACAGACAUUCCAAUACACUACUACACAGCUUAGAUAAGAUGGCAGAUGACGAUGAUGCCUAUGAUUUUAAUACUGACUAUGUGUAAUAAGGAAUGGGCAAAGACAUGGUUUGGACAUAUUCUUGGCUUUUGAAGCAGUCAUAAAGACAGCUGCUAUAGCAGAAGCUGGAUGAAUGUUGGAUACCAGAAUUGCUGCAAAAAUUUGAAAUUGUUACUGUGUGAAAUAGUGUAUAUAAUACUGUAUCUCCUGUGAUGUUUCAGAUUUUAUACAUUUCUAGGAACUGAGCUUAAAUUCUAUACUUUAAUUCCUGUAAAAAAAAAUAAAUCCUAAUAUUAAACGCAA